AUGCACGCCUCACUCAUUCGCCGCCAACUCGGCGGUCUCGUCCCGCCCAAAGUCGCCACGCCGUCUAUGCUCUCGUCAGGCUCCGGCGCCGGGCUCGCCCCGCUCGUGAACUUCUACUCAAAGCUGCCCAAGGGCUCCUCGGCGACGAGCGCGUCCGGAGGCAUCAAGGCGCGGUUCUUCAACGGCAAGAACGCGUCGGGCAAGCCGCUCCUCGGCCUCAUCCUCGGCCUCUUUGGCAUCGGGUACACGAUCGACUACCAGAAGCACCACAAGAACCACGCCCACUAG